CUUUUUUUUUUCUUUUUUUUCUCCUUCUUCUUCCCUCUCUCCCUAUAAGGCUAUAAAUCUCCCAUUUCACGGUGACUUUCAUCGGAAACCAUCAUUUCACUUCGCCGCUCCGACGACUUUUUCAGUUUAUCAUCGCCGUCUUCGCGGGAGAUCUUGGUCUACUCAAUAUACAAAGACUUCUGAUCAAUUAAAAAACCGAGAUGGAGCCACUUGGACUAAGAGCUGUUGGUUCACACUGUUCUUUAUCGGAGAUGGACGAUCUUGAUCUGACUCGAGCGUUAGACAAACCGAGGUUGAAGAUCGAAAGGAAGAGAUCUUUUGAUGAGAGGUCAAUGAGUGAACUAUCUACUGGUUACAGUAGACACGACGGUAUGCACGAUUCUCCGAGAGGCAGGUCGGUUCUUGACACGCCUCUCUCGUAUGCUAGAAACUCCUUUGAGCCUCAUCCUAUGAUGGCUGAGGCUUGGGAGGCUCUAAGGAGGUCAAUGGUCUUCUUCCGUGGUCAUCCUGUUGGUACUCUCGCAGCCGUCGAUAAUACUACCGACGAGGUCUUAAACUACGACCAGGUGUUUGUGCGGGACUUUGUACCGAGUGCACUGGCGUUUCUGAUGAAUGGAGAAUCGGACAUAGUGAAACACUUCUUGCUCAAGACACUUCAGCUUCAAGGUUCAGAGAAGCGUGUGGACCGGUUCAAGCUAGGAGAAGGUGUGAUGCCUGCAAGCUUCAAGGUGCGUCACGAUCCUAUCCGAGAGAAAGACCAUCUCGUUGCAGAUUUUGGUGAAACCGCCAUUGGAAGAGUGGCUCCUGUAGAUUCAGGGUUCUGGUGGAUUAUCCUUCUCCGUGCUUACACCAAAUCUACAGGAGAUUUGACUCUCUCAGAGACACCAGAGUGUCAAAAGGGAAUGAAGCUGAUCCUGUCUUUAUGCUUAGCUGAAGGGUUUGACACGUUCCCGACACUGCUUUGUGCUGACGGAUGCUCCAUGAUUGAUCGGAGAAUGGGUGUUUAUGGGUAUCCAAUUGAGAUUCAAGCUUUGUUCUACAUGGCUCUGAGAUGUGCCUUGUCGAUGCUAAAGCCCGACGGAGAUGGCAGAGAGGUCAUUGAGAGGAUCACUAAGCGACUUCACGCGUUGAGCUUCCAUAUGCGCAAUUAUUUCUGGCUCGAUUACCAGCAACUCAAUGACAUUUACAGGUACAAGACGGAGGAAUAUUCACAUACGGCGGUGAACAAGUUCAACGUGAUGCCUGAUUCUAUACCGGAGUGGGUUUUCGAUUUCAUGCCUCUCCGAGGAGGCUACUUUGUGGGAAAUGUAGGACCCGCCCAUAUGGAUUUCCGGUGGUUCGCACUAGGCAACUGCGUCUCCAUACUCUCCUCUUUAGCCACUCCAGAUCAAUCCAUGGCCAUUAUGGAUCUUCUUGAGCACCGGUGGGAUGAGCUUGUAGGCGAGAUGCCUCUCAAGAUUUGUUAUCCUUGCCUCGAGGGCCACGAGUGGCGUAUCGUCACUGGCUGUGACCCCAAGAACACACGGUGGAGCUACCACAACGGUGGAUCUUGGCCAGUUCUGCUGUGGCAGCUAACAGCAGCGUGCAUCAAGACGGGAAGACCGCAGAUCGCGAGACGCGCGAUUGACCUCAUAGAAUCGCGUCUUCACAGAGACUGUUGGCCAGAGUAUUACGACGGUAAGCUCGGACGGUACGUAGGGAAACAGGCUAGGAAAUACCAGACGUGGUCGAUAGCUGGUUACUUAGUGGCUAAAAUGUUGCUAGAAGAUCCUUCACACAUCGGUAUGAUAUCUCUCGAAGAAGACAAACUCAUGAAACCGGUUAUCAAGCGAUCAGCGUCUUGGCCGCAACUUUAGAAAACCGAUCUCGGUUUUUGAUCUGUUCUGUAUCUGCCACGGUAUAAUUUUUUGUUCACUUUCCUUUUUUUUUGGGCUGUUUGUAUGAUAAUGUUAUUCAAGACUUGUGCGGGAGAAGAAGUGGACAUAGACUUUAUUGAUUGCUUCUUUCUUGCUUUGCAAGUAAGAAGAAAAAAAUGGGAAAAGCUCGUUUGCCGUUUUUUCUUUAUUAUCAAGAUUACACUUUUUCAUUUGCCAGACUUGCAAUCGACAAAU